AUUUCAACUCAUGCGUUCGAAAUGGAUAGACGCAUUGGUUUGUUUUUCGUUCUUUUACUUUGCUUGUUAAUCAACGCGAAAGAUACAAAUUUAAUUAGACAAAAAAGAAUUGUUGGCGGUAUCGCGGCUGCACAGCCACCUAAGGACGAUCCGAUAGUUUUUGUGAAUAAAAAUGAUCGACACGCGCGUAUUAUCGGUAAUCGCGAUUUUGACAAAGGAUUCUAUAUCUUUCGUGGAAUCAGAUUUGGGGAACCACCCAUUGGUCGAGCCAGAUUUCGGCGUGCUUCGCCCGUACAUCUUGAAGGAGAAUAUAACGCCACUACUUGGGGACCUCCUUGUCCUCAGCCCAGCUCUGAUGGAACGAACAAAAUUAUAGGAAGUGAGGAUUGUCUCUUUCUAAACGUCUUCACACCAUCGCUUCCGGAUUCCAGUGAUGGUUAUCCUGUACUGAUAUGGAUUCACGGUGGUGGUUUUAGAAGGGGUGCAGCGUGUCAGUAUGAAAUGAGACAUUUGAUUAAAAAGAAAGUGGUCGUGGUGUCUAUUCAAUAUAGAUUAGGGACGUUAGGUUUUUUGAGUACCGGUACGCCGGAAAUGCCGGGGAACAACGGGAUGUUUGAUAUGAUACUAGCCAUCGAUUGGGUGAAGGAUUACAUACACUUCUUCGGCGGUAAUCCGAAGAAAAUAAUAGCCUUCGGUCACGGUACCGGUGCCAGUUCUGCCAUGAUGCUAUCAUUGUCAAAAUUCUGUGAAAAUAGUUUUAGCGGUUUAAUCGCUAUGUCCGGCUCCAUUUUAUCUCACUUCGCUAUCGAUAAGGAUCCUUCCGAGACAGCCAGAUAUAUAGCGCGUAAGAAUGGCUGUCCAACGAAUGAUACUCGAAAAAUGGUGUACUGUCUGCGAGAAUUGCCAGUGAAUAAAUUGAUCAGAGUCGAUUCCGAGUUAGAAAAUAUUCGUGCAGCCGCACGAGGUUUCGUCUCCAGUCUAUCCAGUCUACUCGGAUCCGGUCCCGUCAUAGAAGGUUCUGAUGACGGAAGAUCGCUCCCGAAUUUUAUGACCGCAUCGCCAGAGGAUUCUUUGAGGCUUGGCAAUUUUCCAUCUAUACCCUUAUUAACAGGAGUCAUGAACGAUGAAACAGGAGGUGCCGUUUUUGGUCAAUACAGAGAUGAAGUCCAAGAUAAAUUAAACAUGGUUCCGAAUUAUUUGACUAAUGAUUUCGUACCAUAUUUACAAGAAACUAUUCCGAAUGUGCGAAACGGAUCGCGCUUCAUCCCACAAGUUUUUCGUGGCUAUUUCAAUAUCUUUGAAAGUGAUAACACGCGGAAUACGAUCGGUAGAGUUGCGGAAGCUUUGGGUGAUUCACUUUAUAAUGCUCCUGCAUUUUUGACUGUCGAUCACUGGUCUAAAAAAGCAAAUGCAUUUCUAUACACUUUUGACCAUAAAGGAAAAAAAAAUUACGGUAAAGACUUUCUCGCCGGAUUGCCAAUCGUUGACGCCAAACAAUCAUCAAAUGGUAAUUUGAAUCACGGCGACGAUUUAGGAUACAUAUUUAACCGAAACACAAUUACCGGUAAAAGAAUAAGUGACAGCGAGGAACCAGAUGAAAUGGAUGAAAAUGUAACCGAAAUUUUUACAGACAUGAUAGCAAAUUUUGCACGAAGCGGCAAUCUUAGUGUGCCUACUACAAAUGUAUUACGCUCUAAUGGCACUGCUUGGAUACCGAAUAUAAUUCCAAAAUUCUCAGAUAAAACUAAUUCUUUCGUUAGUAUUAGGACGAAUCCGAAAAACAUGAAUAAUUUUAGGUACUGCGAAAUGGGACUGUGGACUGUUAUGCCAGAACGAUUACAAUCACCUAUGUGUAGUUUAUACAAAGUGCCUCUGCAAUUAAUAAAACAAGGAACGAUAUCUGUAAUUCAGGAACCUAUCAAUACAAUAACCGAUUUUGUUCCCGAUUUCAAAUCUGACCUCAAUAUCGCGAACAAAUCGAUCAAUCGAAAUAUUGAAGAAUCAAAUAAAGAGGAUAUUACACAACAUAAAACAAAUGGCAGAUUAUUACCAAAGGUACCUAUACCACGAAUACCAUUUGCUGGUUAAAUUUGUUCUUCAUUUCUUUUAUUUUAUACAUAUAUAUCUUUUUAUUGUAAAAGAAUCAAAUAAAAAA